GUUAAAUGAAGGGGGUUCUGUUAGAUGACGUCAGGAGUCACUAUGCUAACAGUUUCUUGGCUCCUGUUACAGUUUCACGGUUGGAAGAAACAGAGAUGAACGUCAGUGUAGCUGAUCUGACAUGAUAAACAGAGUCUAUCUACAGACUGUCCUGUGACAAAUACCCAUGCUGACUAGUUUCCUGUCAACUUGAUACAAACUGCCAUCAUUUUGGAAGAGGAAACCUUAAUUGCCCCCCCAGAUUGCCCUGUGGUCAAGCCUGUGGUACAUUGUAGAUGUAACCAACCGUCUUAUUAAAUAAGAAACACAGAACCAAUGCAAAGAAGAAAGCCAAGAAGUCAGAGCUAAGAGCAAAAACCUUACCCGUCCUCCUGUGGUGGUCCUACCUCUCCGAAAGAGAGCUACUUCCUGUGUUAAAGUCUUUAUAUAGACUUUAUGCUCUGCCUUCUCAUUGGUUGUAAACUCAACCACAUGACCGCCUCGUCACUGCCUGUCUGUACAGACCUCCAGGUCUUCUAUGGUUGGUAUUGAGAUUAAAGGCGUGUGUAUCCAAUGCUGGCUGUAUCCCUGAACACAAAGAGACUUACCUAGCUCUGCCUACCAAGUGCUGUGAUUACAAGCAUACACCACCACUGUCUGGCUUUCCUAUGGCUUGCUAAGAGCUCUGACUCCCGGGCAACUUUAUUUAUUAACAUACAAAUAACAUUCUAAUACAAAUAAAAUAUCACCAUGGUAUAUUUUCAUUCUUUUUUUUCUUUUUUUCUUUUUUUUUUUUCAACGUAUAACCCUGGCUGUCCUGGAACUCGCUCUGUAGACCAGGCUGGCCUUGAACUCACCUGUCUCUACCUCCCGAUUGCUGGGAUUAAAGACAUGUGCCACCAUGCCUGGCUGCAUUCUGUUAAUUGAUGAUUGAUGUGGGAAGGUCCAGCUCACUGUGGGUGGUACCACGCAUGAGCUAGUGGUCUCAGGGGGUACAAGAAGGCAGGGUGAGCAAACCAUGAAAGCAAGCCAGUAAGCAGCUCCAUGGCCUCUGGAUCAGCUCCUGCCUCUUGGAUCCAUCUUGCCCUGAGUUUCUACCCUGACUUCCCUCAGCAAUGGAGUAUGACCUGAGUGUUGUAAGCUGAAACAAACCCUGUCCCCACAACUUGUUUAUGUUCAUUGGGGUUCAUGACAGCAAUAGAAUUCCUACCCGUGACACCAUCUUCAUUGUGAAUGCUGUACGUAAAAUACCUGGCACUCUGACUUCAUUUACUCUGAGAGCAAUUGCCUCCUUCCUAAAUUAUCUUUCUAUUCCUACUGCAAUGUCACUUCAGUUCCACUGACAUACUCUGCUGUGUCCAGUAUUUCAGGACUUCCUACCGAAGGGACCCAGGAAUAUGUACUCUGGUCAAUAGACAGGAGUCUUCGACAGAUCUUCCAACAUCUGGAUAAUGCAAGGUCAGGAAACAGAGUCACAAGGCAGGGGGCUGAAUGGGGGCGGGGGGAGAGAGAGAUGGGGGGAAGAAGAAGAAGAAGAAGAAGAAGAGAAGGAAGGAAGGAAAGAAAGUAAAGGAAGGAUGUAAAGGAAAAAAGUUAGUUUGAGGAGCAGUGGAGAACUCUUUUGUGAGCUUUAUAUGUUUUAUGUUUGAUCUGUAUGGAUAUUUUUCCCGCAGGUAAGUAUGUGUACCACAUGCAUGCCUGGUGCCCAGAGAGAUCACAAGAGGGUAUAUGAUCCCCUGGUACUGGAGUUACAGAUGUUUGUGGCCUACCAUGUGUGUGUUGGGAUUCAAACUUGGGUCCCCUGGAAGAGCAGUCACUAAGUCACUGCUCUUAUCCUCUGGGCUAUUUCUCUAGGCCUCACUGUGUAAAUAUAUGUAUAUAUUUUAUUCAUUUGUAUUUUUUGCAUGUGUGCACAUAGGUGCCACAUCAUGUAUGUGAUGGUCAGAGGACAAGCCACAGGAGUCAGUUCUCUCCUUCCAACAUGUGAGUCUUAGGGCUCAAACUCAGGUCAUGCCAAGCACAGGUGUGCGUGUGUGUGUGUGUGUGUGUGUGUGUGUGUGUGUGUAAAACUUGGGUGUCAUUUCUGGGAGCCAUCCACCUUGUGUUGUGAGAUAGAGUCACUCCCUGGGACUCACUGAUCAGCCUUGGCUGUCCAGUGAGUCCCAGGGUAUCUACUUGUCUCUGCUUGCCCAGCACUGGGGCACUGUGUUCUUUUAUUUUCCUGUGGGUUCUAGGGAUGGAACUCAGCUUCUCUAUUUGUAUAGCAUGCACUCUACUGAUGGACGUCUACUUUGCUCUUGGUGGAGGAAUUCUUGACAUAAAUAAUUGAUGUUUGUGGAUGCAACCCCUCUUUUCCUUCUCUUGCUUAGACUAAAAAUAUUUUGGAUUUGAAAUAACCACUCCCUCCCCUCUCUCUAACUUCCCCUACUGAUUCCAAAGAAAAUGAAAACAUUUCUCUUUGUUUCUCAGAUCAACACUUAUGGAGCUGAAUGUUUUAGAAUCCCGAGAUGUGACUUCUUCCUCCGACUCUGACACUGUGGUUCAGGAGAUUGUCCCACCCAGCUGUUACUGUCAAAAGGGAAAGCCUUCUACGGUACAGCAUGUCCUCUGCAUCAUCCAACAACAGCUCGAGCCUGUCUUAUCUUCCAAUGUUUCCUGAAGGGACAGCUUGGCAAUUCCAGAGCGAUAGUGGACCUGUUUCCUCCCAAAAGGAAGCAUCUAUGCCCAGGAGCCCUGGCACAUCCCUGCCUACUUCUCAGCUGAUAUAUCCUGAGAAAUCAGAUCUUUCUCCGAAUUUGGCAGUUCUUCAUCCCUUACAAGCUCAAACUUCCUUUAUGAGCUCUAUUUUAGAAUCCUUAGAUCCUUGCGAACAAGAGAAAACAAAAGAUAAGGUUUCUACUUUGGGACAACAAGUGGUGCCUCUGCCUGUGAAGAAAUCCUGGAACAUACUCAAUCAUUUGAUGGAUGUACAAGGAGUCCCUGAAGAAGAGCUCCCGAAAACUCAGUUACCUGCACUCAUCCCUCAGAGUGUUGAGCAAAAUACCAACACAUCUCCAGAUCCUCCAUCAUUUCAUCUCCACGUGAACAUUGGGGUGAAUUCUGAAGUCCAUAGGACGGAAGCAAUCAUUUCACAGCCAUUUCCCUCAAACAGGCAGUCACAACCCGAGGAUGACCGCCAAGAACUUAGACAUAAUCCUUUAGUUAUAUCAACGGGCACACCAUCUCCCAGAAAUUUAGGAGUUAACAUAAUUCAGGAAGAACAAGCUUUAGUGAAAAAGGAUUCAAAGCAUGUGUUAGAGCCGAAUAUAGAGCAGAGGGUCAUAGGUCUUCCAGAAAAAAGGGUACAGACACAUAAGGCUCAACUAACUAACGUGGAGCUGACACCCAAGACACCACGUUCAGCCACUGGCAGCAUAAAGGUCACUCCAUUGGCAUUGCUUCAGGUUAUGGACUUAAUGGGAAUAAUCCCAGAGUCACAGUCGGAGCUGAUAGACUCUGUGGGGUUUUCCCCAGAGCCGCCAAAUCAAGCAGAAACAGUGAGGAUAACUCCUCAGCCAUCGAAUCAAGUAAUUGAACCACUAAAAGUAACCCAUCAUCGGCAUCAAAGCACGGAAUUAAAGAGCAUGGCCUCAGGACUGAGUCAAGUCACAGAUAACCUGGAGGUAACUCCUGUGGCAUUGUUUCACGUCACGGAUUCCAUGGAGAUGAUUGACAAAUUAAGUCCACAUGGCAUAGAACCAGUAGGAGUAGCCCCACAGCCACAAUACCAAGUCAUGGAAUCAGUGAAGAUGGAUACAGUGCAUAACUAUCAAGCCAUAAGACCAGGAAGUAUGAGUCGAGGGCCACAGCAGACAGUUGUGGAAGCUGUGGAAAUGAUUCCCCAGCCUCAGCAUAAAGACAUGGGAACACUGACCAUGACCUUGGGGUCACAGAAUCAAGCCUCAAAACACAUCAGGAUUACUCCCAGUCCAGUACAUCAAAAUGCAAUGGAAAUUAGCUCAAGUGCACUGCCUGAAGCCACUGAAGAUACAAAAGUGUCUCCAGUGGCAAAACAAGCCAUGGAUUUCAUGCAGAUAUUUCCACUAGGACAGCCACACAUUACUAAAUCUAGGGCUUUGAUCCCAGGCUCACAGCCUCCAGCUGAAAAUUGGACCCCAGUGUCAGCUCAACCAGAUGUUCCGACUACUACUGUCCCAGCAGGAACAGUAGAAUCUAGAAGCGUACCUCCACAGCCACCAUCUAAAGUACUGGAACCAUCAGGAAUGACUGAUGACCUACAACCGUCAUGUCAGUCCCUGCAUGCUCUAAAGGUGACCCCGCCAGUCCAGGCAUCUCCGACGGGAAUGAUCACACCACUACAAAUUGUAGAGCCUCAAACUAAAGAGUCUCUGCAAUUGACUUCUGGGUUACAGGGUCAAGUUGACUCCGUGGGGACUACGCCACAACCUCAAGGCACAGAGUGUGUGUCAUUGACUCCAAAGUCACAGUACCAAAUAUUGGAACCCAUGAGAGCAAUCCCAGCACCACCAGAUCAAGGUGCAGUACCUAUAGGAAGGGGCCAAAAGCAUCAAGUUCCAGAAGCUGAAGUAGUGCCAGUCAUACCACUGCUUCAGGAAAUGGAAUAUUUCGGGGGGAGCACAAUCCCACAGCCUAAGGUUAGGGAUUCAAUGGACUUUCCCCCAGAACUACAGAAUGUAAAAUCUGAGCACCUAAUCCCAGAUCCAAGAUUGCAAAGUAUGAAAUCUGUGGACAUAACCACAGAUUUAGUCCCAGAAAUGGAAAAAUAUGGACCACCAACCUCAACAGUGAUAUGUAUAGAUUUGGCCCCAGAACUGCAUCAGCAGAAUUCACAAUAUGAGGAAUUAACCCCCAGACCACAACUGCAAAGUGAGACAUCUGUGCCAUCGGCCCCUGAGUCUCAGUUUCGAAAUGUGAAAUCUGGCCAACUGACAAUUGAACCACAACACCAAAUCAAAAAGUCUGCUGGGUUGGCCGCAGGUCCACAGUUGCACAGCAAUAUAUCAGUACAUUGGAUCCCCGAUUCUCAAUCUCAAGGAAUGGAAGAAGCUCUUUCAGGCCUAUCACAGGAGUUACAAGGAGAUAUAAAGAUGGUGGAGUUGACUCCAAGACCAUCACUUGAAGAUGUAAAAUCUGUGGACUUGGCCUCAGAACCAUGUUCACAAAGUACCGGCUCUGAUAAGAUAGCCCAUGUACCAUUGCUUGAGGAUACAAACACUCCAUUGGUAGAAGGUAGGAGUCUAAUUCCUGAGGCACUGGUGGAGAGCAUGGAAGUUGGUGAACUGAUCCCAAGCACACACUUUGAUGCAACAAAAUCUUUAGAAGCGACCCCCAAACCAAGUUAUCAUUUCCUAGAACCUGAAGGACUGACCCUACAGCAUCCAACCUCAGAAGCAAGAGUGACCUCUGAACCUUGCCAGCAGGUGGAAGAAUCUGCUCCGUUGCCACAAUCAUCAUUAGGGAUGACUCCAGCACCAUUGAGCCAGACCUCAGAAUCUGUGGAGAUGAGCUCACCACCACUCCAAGAUACUCUUGAACCUGGGACCCAAGUUGUAAAAGGGAUGGAAGAGACUCCAGAAUCAGGAAGUGCAAUUAAAGAUACUCUGGAUUUGCUACUAGAUUCAGAAGUGCAAACUAUGACCUCAGGAGUGGUGGCCCCAGAGCCACAGCCCCCAGAUGUGAAGUUUGUUCAGGUGACUCUAGAACCAUGUGCAGAAGUUACUAACCCAUCGGAAAUAACUCUGAAAGGAGAAUAUGAAGACACAGAGACCUUCAGAUUGACAUUCUCUAAAGUCGAUGAUACCCAGGGAACCAUCAUAGACCUAUAUUCAGAAGUGAGAUCUCUGGAGUUUAGUCUAGAAUCAGGAGUGCAAGGUGAGAAAUCAGAGUCCUUUGCCCAAAAUUUGAAGUCUGCAGAAGUAAUCACCGAACUACCCUUACAAGUUGUAGAACCUACAGAACUAGCUAUAGGACCCAAACCACAUAUUAAAGAUGUGACCCCAAAGCCACAGCUCCACGAAGUAAAGUCUAGGCAAAUGGAUAGAGAAUCACAGUUGCAAAAUGAGAACUCUGUAAGUGUAAUACAACCGUUAUCUGCAGGAGAGGUAGAUCCUGAAAAGACAAAACCAGAGCCAUGUCUACAAAGUUUAUCACCGAAGGAACGGAUUGAGGGAACACAGCCCCCAAAUGUGAAAUCUGUGGAUUUCAAUCUAGGCCCAGAGCAGCUAAGUGUCAAAUCAGAAUUGAUUCCAGGGCCAAAAUUGCAAAGUGUCCAGUUUCCAGUGUUUUAUCAAGGGCUACUUCUUCAAGGGGAAACCCCAGUAAAUUUCAUCUCAGGCCCCCACAUUAUGGUGUGAAAUCUCAUGAUGAAAUAUCAUGUUUCCUGGGGCCAGAAACCACAUCAUCAGAUUUUAUCCUGGAGCCAAAGCUUCCAGAACCACAGCCACAACCACAACCACAACCUGGUAAGCCGGUAGACGUAAACAUAAGACCAUGCUUGCAACAUGUGAGAUUCUCUGAUGCCAUCCCAGAGCCCAAACACCAAGGUUUCAAAUGUGUAACCUUCAUGCCAGGUGUUCAGCUUCAAGACAGGAAGCCUCAGGGAUUGAUGCCAGAAUCGUUUUUGCCAUUAAGCCAAGAGACACAGGUUGAAGAUAAGAAGCUUGUGUUGCCUCCGGAAGUAUCAGAGUUUUGCAGCAUGAAACGCCCAAUCCCAGCCUCUGAACCACAACAUCCAAGAGUGAUAGCUAAGCAGGUCAAUCCAGGACUGUGGCACCAAGAUACCAAAUUUUCUGAGUUGGCUUCUAGGCCGAAACUACCAGGGGUCAGAUUUGGGGAGCAAACCCCAGGAUCAUUGUCUCAUGGUAUGAGUCCUAUGACUCCAGAGUUAGGGAUACAUGAUCACAAAUCAGCAGGGGCGACUCCAGGGCUACAAGAAACAAGGCAGGUGAGUUUUAAUUCGGGGCCAUGGCUGCAGGAUGUCAAAUUUUUUGAUGUAAUUCCAGGAACUCAACCUCAAGGUGUGAAGAUUUCAGAGUUAAACUCAGGGCCACAGUUAGAGUGUGUAAAAAUAUUUGAGUUGACCACACAGUCAGAGAGGCAAGGGAUGAAGCCAGAGUUAAUAGUACAAGAACCACUCUUUAAAGAUAUAAAAUAUGUCACAAGGAAUCAAGUACCAAACUUUGAAGGCAAAAUGUCUUAUAAACUAGCAUCUGAACCACAGAUACCAAAAGCAGAAUCAAAGAAACUGACUCCUGGGAAACACUUGGCAGGUGCAGAUCAUUCUGAGAUGAUCAGAAGAACACAGGCACAAGGUGUAGAAUCUUCUACAUUGAUCCACAGACAGCAUUUGGAACAUAUAAAACCUGUAGAGAAGAUCACAGCCUCAAACCAAGAAGAGUUAACGCCAGGGAAUCAUUUGGAAGACAGGAAAUCUAUGGAGUUAAGGUCAAAGUCAGAGCUGGGGAAAAUCAUGUCUAUGCUGUCAACCCCGGGGAUACAAGCAGGAGAUAAGGAACGUGAGGAGCUGCCUCCGGGCUCCAAUUUGAAAGGUUUAAAAUAUGAGUUACCCCCUUCAGAACCACAGUUAGAAGACAGGAAAUCUGCAGUCUUAACUCUAGGACAAUGUCUAGAGAGGAUAAAAUCUACAGUGAUAUCCCCAAGUAGUUCCCAGUUAGAUGGUAUGAAAUCUGUAAAGCUGAUUCCAGGUUCAAGAAUUCAAGAUUUGAUAACUGUGGGGUUGGCCAGUGAUGCACGUGUUCAAGAAUUCAAGAUUUGAUAACUGUGGGGUUGGCCAGUGAUGCACGUGUUCAAGAUGUAAAUGCCAUGCACUUAGAACUUGAACCAAAGAAGCAAGGGGAGAGUCCCAUGACUUUUGUACCAGGGAUGCUAUUUCAAAACAAGCCUAUGGAGGUGUUGCAAGGGCCUCAUCUACAAGAUGUAAAACCCAAGGAACUGACUUCACGGCCACAAACACAAGAUAGCAAACGUGUGAUUAUCUCAUGUCUGAAGCAGCAAAGUCUAAAACCUGUGAAUAGAGCCAAAAAACAAGGGAUCCAAGGAGUAAAAUUCAUGGAUUUAGUCUCAACGCAACAGUAUCAAGGAAGGGCACCCAUGGAUUUAACUCUUGAGCUCGGACAGGAUGACCACAUAAGCACAGCAGAGUGGAAAGGUGGGAUGUUCGGCCACCUGAACAAACAGUUGGAGUCAGAAGAAAUGUUGUCUAUGGGGUCAGAUCAAGAACCCAAACCUGCAGGUAGAAAACCCAUAGAGCUCACCUCUAAACUACAAUGUAAAGAUGCACCCUCAUUUAAAUUGGCUCCUGAUAAUGUAAAAGCUCAAGAGGGCCCAUAUGGGCCACAGGUGCCGAGUAUGAGACCUUGUCCAUUGACUCCAGAAUCACAGGUGUACCAAGUGAAAGACUUGGAGCCAAUGUUAGAGCCACUGCUUCAAGAUGGGAGAACUGUGGCACUAAAUACAGAACCAGAAAGUACAAGUACAAAAUCUGUGCAGUGGAUACCAGUAUCUGAGUUUCAAAGGGAGAAAUGUAUAGGGUCAAACUUUAGGUUACAGUCUCAAAGUGCCAGCCCUACAGAAUUGAAGCCGUCUACACAACGGAGAGGUGUGAGGUCAUCUGAAUUGACUGUCAGGUCAAAAAUUCAAGGAGAAAAAUCCGGAGAGUUUCAUCUUGAGUCACAGUUACAGCAAGUAAAAACCUCUCCGUUUGCACUAGGGCUGCAGAAAACUAAACCUUUGAACUUAACUUCCGAGCCACAGCCUCAAGGGAUCAAAACUGAUCAGCUAAACAAAGAGACACAGGUAGAAAGAUCUAUCCAGUGGCUACCAAGACCUGAAUUCCGCGGUGUGACAUUUAUAGAAUCAAAUCAUGAACCACCAUCUCCAGGUGUCAAAUCUACAGAACGGAAACCAUCCAUACAACUGGAAAGUGUGAAGACAUCAGACAUGGCUCUAGGGCCAAAACCUCAAGGAAAAAAAUCUGUGGAUUUUAACCUUGGGCCACAAGUACAGUGUGUGAAGACCCCUGAGUUGUCCCCAGGACCAGAGCUACAAGAAGGGGAAAACAUCACAUCAACCUCAGAGCUACAGUCUCAGUGUGUGAAAAGUGUGGCAUUGCUUCAGGGACCACAGCUUGAAAAUACAAAAUCUGUUCUUUGGAUACCACUGUCUGACUAUCAGGUUAAUAGAUCUACACUGAAUCUUAGGUUACCACCUCAGGAUGUCACAGCUAAAGAGUUAAAACCCUCAGUACAACUAGAUGUGAAGACAUCCAAUGAGUUGACUACGAGGCCAAAGUCACAAGGUAAACAACCUUCAGGGUCAACCCAGGAACAUCAGUUUCAGAGGUCCAAAACUACUGAUUUUAAAUCUGAGCCGCAGUUUUAGAAUUAUGAAAGCAUGUGACCCAAACUUAAGGUCAAAGAUCAAUAAUAUAAAAUUGACAUUCAAACCCAGGUUUUGCUUAGAAGACAGGAGCUCUCCUGGAUUAAACCCUGGAAUACACCCUCAAGAAGUGAAUCCCUUAGGGUCAUCCCCAGGAACACAGCCUCAAUCUGUGACACCUUCAGUGUUUAAACAAGAGUCACAGUCCUCAGAAGUGAAAUAUGGAGCAAUAAGCCAAAGGCCACAACCACAAAACAAUGUAGAGUUGAAAUGUGGAAAAUCUUCUGAGUUGGCACUUCAGGCAAAGCCUCAAGGUAUGAAAUCUGAGAAGAGCUCUGGGUCCCAGUGGCAACGUGCAAAAUGUUCUGACUUGACACCUGAAACAGAGUCCCCAAAUAUGAAAUGUACUAAGUUAAGUUGCAGCUCAUCGAUGAAAGGUAAAGCAUGUAUUGAGUUAGCUACGGGUACCAAAACUCAACGUGUCAAACUAGGCUGUAAACCUGGGCCCCAGUGCAAGGUAUAAAAUCUAACUCAUUUCUGAGGACAAAGCCUCAAGAAAUGGAAAUGGAAGACUGGGAAUCAGGCCCGCAGUUACAAGAUCUGAAAUCUUCAAGGACAAUCAUGGGUAUAAAGAUCCAUGAUGUCAUGUCUGUGGACUUUGGUCCUGGACCACACUUACAAGGUAUUACUUCUGAAGUCAUUACAAGGAAGAGUGUUCAUGGUAUGAAAUCUGUAGAAGACAAACCUAGUUCAAAGUUACAAAGUAAGAAACAUGAUUUCACCCCGAGGAAGAUGUUCUUAGGUUCAAAAUCUGUAGAGCUGGACUCAGGCCCCCCUUUACAAGAUUUGAAAUAUCCUGAGCUGAUCAUGGAUAUGAAACUUCAAGGUGUGAACUCUAUGGGACAACAUGUUACAAGUAUAAAAUCUUCUGAGGUGGUAACACAGGUAAAAUCCCAAGGUGUGACAGCGGUAGACCUCAAUUCUGGACCACAGACACAAAAUAAAAAGCCGUCUGAGUUGGCUCAAGGGAAAAGGCUCCUAGCUAAGGAGUCUGUAGAGUUUAAUCAAGGCCCAAAGUUACAAGGUGUGACAGUGGAGUCCAAGCCCCCAAAUGGGGAAUCUGGGAAGUUAAACUCAGGCCCUCAGUUACAAGAUGAGAAAUAUUCUCAGUCAAUUCUGGGGACAAAGCUUCAAUAUGGAAGAUCUAUGGAGGUCAGUCCUGGCCUAUGCUCACAGGGUAUGAAGUCUUCCAAAGUGAUUUCUAGGACAAACUUCAAAAAGAAAAACCCAUAGGCUUUGUGUAUCAGCCACUGUGGCAAGAUGUAAAAUCUUUAAAAUGGACAUUUGGUAAGGCACUUGACAGGGAACCUUUGCAGUUGGAAACCGCUCAUUUAUAGGACAGGAAAUUAACUAUGUUAACAUCAGAAUUACAUCUUCAAGGUAUGAAACCUGAGUCAGUCAACUGUGUAUCAAAGUUGAAAGGUGUGAAGUCUGAGGCCACAUAUAUCCACACAAUGAAGGAUACAGGGAUCAAUCAUGGUUCAGAAUCACAGUUUGUGGGAUUCUCUAAGCAGGCCUCGGACUCAAAGGUUUAUAGAGUGGUGCCUUCUGAACUCAAUGCCAGAAACCAGAAGCAAGAUCAGAAGUCUCACAAAUUAAGUCAAAAGCAACAACUUCAAAAAAAUAAAACAAAUAUCGUUCGGGGAUGAGCCACAUUUACAACAUAUCAAGUCAUCAGAAUUAUGUACAAAGCUUCAAGACCUGAAAUCUAUGGAAUUCAAUUCAGAGCAACAGUUGCAAGAUGUGAUGUCUUCUGAGUUGGGCCUGAGAAUAAGUCCUCAGUCUUUAGACGUCAACCCUGGGCCACAUUUGCAAGAGAUAAUACCUUUUGAGGGACGCACAGAAACCAAGUUUCCAGAUGAGCCAUCUCCGGAAUUCAAGCGUAAGCCUACACUGCAAGGUAGGCCAUCCUGUGACCCGAGUGCAGGGCCACAGAUUCACUGUGAAAAUGUUAUGGCAUCCAACACCGGAACACAAAAUGUAGAAUUGUCUGAGUUGCACCCUGGUCCAGACCUUCAAGGUAUAAAAUCUAAGGUGUUCUGCCUUGGACCACACUUGGAAGAUGUGAAUUCUGCAUGCACUCCCAAUGCAAAUUCUCAAUAUAUAAACACCAGUGGGUGUAAACGUGGGCCAUAUUUGCAAGAUAUAAAUUCCUCUGCUUGCAUCCCAGAGCCAGACCCUCAAUGUAUAAAAUCUGUGUGCAAUCCUGGGCCACAUUUACAUGGAAUGAAUUCUUCUGCAUGCAUUUUAGGACCAAAAUUGCAAGGUGUAGAUUAUACUGGGUGUAUCCAUGAGCCAAACUGGUCAGAUGUAAAUUCUUCUCUAUGCACCCCAGGGCCGAGUCCUCAGUGUAUGAGUUCUUCUGUAUGCACCUCAGGGCCUAGUCCUCAGUGUGUGAAUUCUUCUGCAUGCACCCCAAGACCAAGUCUUCAGUGUGUGAAUUCUUCUGUAUGCACCCCAGGGACAAGUCCUCACAGUGUAAAUUCCACUGAGUGCCAUCCUGAAGCACAUUUGCAAGGUGUGAAUCAAUGGGCAUCAAUUCUAGGGCCACACAUUCAGUGUGUAGGUUCUACUGGGCGCAAUCCUAAAUCACAUUAUCAAGGUGUAAAUCCUUCCUCAUGCACUCCAGGGCAAAACCCUCAGUGUGAACAUUCCAAUAGGUGUAGUCUUGAGCCACUUCUUCUUGGUAUGAAUGAUGGUAGAACAUUUCCAGAACCACAAAUUAUGUGUGUAAAUCCUGUUUGGUGCAAUACCAAAACACAUUUGCAAGAUGUGGAUUCUUCUGCCUGUACUCGAAGACAAGAGUCACAGUCUGUAAAUUCUACUGGAUACAACCCUGGGCCACAUUUACAAGCCCCGAAACUUCAAGGUAUGAAGUUUUCUGAGUCGAACUCAGGGACAGGAAUUCAAAAGAGAUGCCCUUAAUAGUUAACAAAGGACAACACGUGCAAGACCUGAAGUUUGAAUCAAUUCCAGGGUCAAAUAUUAUAGAUAUAGCACCUGUGGAAUACAACCCUGGGCCACAGGUACAGUGUGUGAAUUUUCCUGAAUUGAAUCCAGGAUUAAAAUUACAAUGCAUAAAUCCAUCGAAGCUUAGUUCACGGGCACAGUUGCAAAACAUGAAGUCCUUUGAGUUGAUGCCUGGAUCAGAAUCUCAAUGUCCAAAAUCUGUUCUGUUGAAUUCUGGACCACCUUUUCAAGGUAUGAUGUCAUCUCACUUAAUGGUAGGGGCAGAGUUUCAAGAGAUCCCAUUUUUGAAGAACCAACUUGGGUCGUGGCAGGAAACUGCACAACCCACAUUUACUUUGAGGCCUCUGUCAAAUGGUGUGAAAUCUGUGGGAGUUUCACCAACCCCACUGCCUGAAGAUAGAAUGUCUCCAGAGAUGAGCAACCAGCCAUUGCUUUGUUUGACAAAUUCUGUAAAAGUGACACCUGGCUGCAGUCUGCAGGACGUGAGAAGUAAGGAAUUUCCACCAGAACCUUGUUUUCAAAAAGUUAAAUCUGUGAAGUUGAAGCCAGGGUCACCGACUCCAAGUGUGAACCCUUUAGAGUACGCUCCACGCCACUGUUCUCAACGUACUAAGACUUCCUUUGCACCGAAGCCGUGUGUUCAUGAAAGAAAGCCUAUGCAGCUGAGACUAGGCUCCCAACAGCAAAGCAUGGAUUGCCAACAGUUUCCUUUAAAUGAGAAACCAGUGGCAUCGACCCCAGAGUCCACCGGGAACUUCUUAGCAGGACCAGCACUGUCUAGUGUCAAAUUUUCAAAUUUGAUUCCGGAAUCACAGCAACAGUGCAUGAAAUCAACGGAAUUUACUUCAGAGCCGAAGUGGCAAAGUGUAAACCAUGUGAAAUUGUCAUCGGUGUCUCUGCCACAAACUGGAACCUCUGUGGGGUUAUCACCAAGACCAUUCCUUCAAAAUGUGACACCUGGGAACCAAAAUCCCCAAACACAUCUAUGUGAUCAAACCAUAGACUCCUCUCAAGAGAUAUAUAGAGCAGGGCACCAGUUGGAGGACUAUGCUGAGAAGAUGAGGCACCAAGUCUCUAAAUUGGUGGAUAUUAUUUUACUACCAGUUUAUCAAGAUGCAGGAUCUUCAGAAAUGACAAAAGGGUUGGGACAUAAAAGCCCAGAAACAACAGAGAACUCUACGAGGUUGACCCCCAACCCAAUAGAUCAAGUCAUAGAAUUAUUAGGGAUGCCUCAGCAGCUAGGUCUUCAAGGACCAGAAUCUGUUGAUCUGACUCCAACACUAAGUGAUCCAGAUUCAAAGUCCUCAGAACUAACCCCACAGAGAAGCUGCUGGAGCCCAGAAACUCUGCAGUUGCUGCCUUGUUUGUGGCCUCAAUUUAAAGAUGUCAAGGAGUUACCAACAGAACAAGCCACAGAGUCUGAUAGAAUGACCCUCGACCUUAAGAAUCAUGUUGCAGAAGUAAGGAUGCUAACUUGUGAGGUAAGACCAGGGAAAGAAUUUCUUAGUGUGACUUCAAAGCCAGUAAAUAGAGAGACUGGACAUGUAGAAAAAUCUCCAAGGCCGUGUCCUCAAGACUUAGGACCUGUGGUGGUGAGCUCUGGGAAAAGAUCCCAAAGGGAACAAUCUCCAUCAAGGCCAUCCUAUCACGUUCCAGAUUCUGCUUCAGGGAUAACACCAGGGCAAGGACCUCAGAUUCCUGAAUCUGUAAAUUUGACCUCUAAGCCAUGGCUGCAAAUAGAAGAAUCCUUAGAUUUGUCAACCCAGCAAAUGAGUCAAGUUGUGGAAGAUACAGACUGUGAGGAGCUCACUUUUGAGUCAUGGCAACCAGGGGAGGUAGCAAGUAGGCUAACAAAGCCCCAGGGUGCAAGCAUGGGAACUUUAAACAUAACUCCAAUUGAAUCACUGGAUCAAAUGAUAAACUUUAUAACAAUUAGUCCAACGCCACUAAAUCAAGUGACAGAAUUCGCAAAGACACGGCUUCAUGUUUCUCAGUCAGCCGCUCUCCCUAGUGUUUCCGAAUCUGUGGAAGUUAUCUCUGGUCCGCCACUUCAAGUUCUAGAAUCUGUGAUGAUACCAGGGCCAGCCUCUCAAGGGUCAAAACAUACUGAUUUGACUCCCAAACUGCACGAUGUGAUAAUGUCAGAAUUUGCUUCAAGACUUUGGUUACAAAAUGUUCAAUCAAGGAAAUUAAUUACAGCACCAACACAUCAAAUUUUAGAAACAAUACAGUUGUCAGGCUUUCAAGUUAUAAAGACUAUAUUGGUUCCCAAACCACUGCUUCUGAUUGUAAAAUCUGAAGAGCUGGCUCCAGGACCAAAUCCUCAGGCUAUAGAACCAACAGGAGUUGCCACAAAAUCUAGCAUUAAAGUAAUGGAUGGUUUGAAUUUUCUCCCAAGACCACAUCUUCAAGACAUGGUAAAACCUAUGGAACAAACUCCAAGGGCAAAUAUUCAAGAGAAUUUUGCAGAAUUAAUCUUAGAGCAAACAUCUCCACUUGAGGAACCUCCAGUAUUAACUCACGAGCAAAGGCUUCAGGCUGAAAAAUCUCUAGGGAUCAGAACAGAAUCUCCUAAAGUAAUGGAAAUUGAGGAUUUGAAUCAAAGACGGGUGUGUGAGGAUAGAGACUCAGAAAUGAUAACAUCAGAAAAGUUACAAGCACAGGAUUCCUUCUCUAGGUUCAUACCCAGCCCUUCAAUCCCAUUUAUUUCAAGUUCUGUCAAAACAACUGAGUUAGGACCCCUUCAGGGUUCUGGAAUGCCGGAGGUAUCAAGGGCCUUGGCUAUGAAGAACUUUGCUGUUGGUAUUUUGCCGUCUCCAGAGUCCUAUACAGACACUAUUAUGUUCCAUUCAUCAGCCCUUCCCUUGGUUCUUCCCUCUGAUAUUGGGAACACUGUGGGAACCCUAUAUCCUGACAUCUGGGAAAUGGAUGUCCUAUCCAAGGAAGCAACCGAAAAGAAACAAAUGGAGGAAUCUGGGAAUUCAUUCCAGAGCUAUUCUCCAUAUCCACUGAGAUUACUACCCUCGGAGUUUCUUCCUGGGUAGACAACAGAAUGUCUGGGAAAGUCAUGUCCGUAGGCAGCGACUCCCUAGAAAGUAUCUCUCCAAUAUGCUGAUGCUGGGAAAUGUUCUGGGAACCACUAUGGAAAGGAAGCUUUGUUCUCAGCCAUUUUUAACAGAAGGAGCCACGAUGGAUAUCUGUCACUUUAUUCAGACUUUAUUUGGGGUUCCAGCUGAACUGAUGGCAUUUUCCCAGAGCCUACUAGAGAGGGGUCCUAGGACGAUUUUACAGACUUCAGUGAUCAGAAACUAUAUUCAGAGACAUAUUUUAUGCCAUGGUCACGAGAAAAGAAUGACCUUAAAGAUGUGGACACGUGGAUCCACAUCUUCCAUAUUACAGCAAUACUCCGGUACCAGAUUGGGAAUAAAGAAAACAAACUCAAAACUCAGUGAUAUAUUCCAGGAAGUCACUCAGCAUGUGUCUGUCUCAUGUACAAGGGCCCAGUUUCCUGCCUUAGUGAAGCCGGAGUCUUCUCUGAAGAUACUUUAUAUUAGGGAAGACCCUGUUUCCAGUGACCAGAGUAAAGACUCACAGAGUGAUUCACCGACAAGGACUUUUGGCUCUCACCACUCCCUCAAGGCAAGUUGUCUUUCCCAGGUUGAGAGGGAUAUCUCAGAACAGCUCCAUCUGCUAAAAGAUCUACAGCUAAAAAUAGCAGCAAAACUCUUAGAGAGUCAAGUACCCCACAAUGUCCCUCCACCUAUCUCAUCGGGUCUUGUCCUGAAAUAUCCCAUCUGCAUGCAGUGUGGCCUAUGUUCAGGAGUUAAUUGCUGUCAUAAGUUACAGUCUGCUUUUGGUCCAUAUCUUCUCGUCUACCCACAGAUCCACCUUUUAAGCACCCGUGAAGGCCAUGGUGACAUUCGGUUGCAUCUUGGUUUUAGACUGAGAACUGGGAAAAGACCUCAAGUCUCAAAGCAUCGUGGGAGAAAAAGAGCAGAUACAUGGAAGAGCACUACAUCACCAUCACGAAGGAAAGCUAAAAUCUAUCCUCCAGCUUCCAAGAGUCCAACUACUCCAAGAGAUUUCCAGGUCUGAUCUUCCCAGGCUACUGUACAAGUGCACAUUAGAAAAAAGCAACGGGGCAGCCAUGGGGUGGUCCGCCAGACAGACGCCAAAGACUCUGAGCACCAUGAAUUCCAUCAGGUUCACUCUGUAUCCAAGAGUGGCUUUGAAAGUAAUCAGGAAGAAAAAUGGUCGAAAUCAAGCCUCAAAAAGACCUUUGACUUAAACUAUCCAAUGAAGGAAACCAUCAAGGGACUUAAAACACAAAACACAAAGCUCUACAAAAAUAGUGAAACCCCGGAAGAGAGUCCUUUUAGAAUAAUGUGUCCAUCAAGAAGCAAGAGUAUUGAAACCGUUCAAACAAGCACUGUUUCUUCGAAGACACAACCUGAGAAAUCCUCUCAGGCCAAGUUCUACCAGCUGCUUUUCCAGGGCCUAAGGCAGGCAUUCCAAAUAGCACAUAGAAUUGUGGCUUAUACUGGACAGAAGCCUGAGGACAGGACAAGGCCAGGCAAUUUGUGGUCAACCCAAUACUUGCACCCCAAACAAAGAGCCAACAGGUAUUGUUUAGCAGGAGAUAGCAAAGGAGCCAGCACACCAGUUGCCCAGCAAAGGUCAGCAGGUGUGAACCCUAAGCAAGAGGACAGAUUGCAGGGAACAGGUGACCAAUGUAGACAAACUCAACAGCCAAAACAAGUGAGCUCUCUCCAACCCAUACCUUUGCAAUUGGAGACCAUGGCUUCGGAAAGAGAUGCCACUAUCCAAAUUACUUCAAUCCUCCAACCUUGAGUAAAGUUCAAAAUGUCAUAGGCUUCUUCAGGGAGAGUGCCCUCCAUAAUAAGCCUUUUGAAAGGACCGAUCGCAUCCUUUGGGAGAGAAUUCAUGAAAGUCUGUCUGAGAGGAGAUACCGCAGUCCUUCUCAGAGAAGGCAUAGCAGUCCCUCUGACAGAACCCUUAGACAUCUCUCUGACAGGAGUCAUUGCAGUCCCUCCCCGAGACAGGAUAGUAGUCCGUCUGUGAGAACCCUUCAAAGUAUCCCUCCUGGAGCCAUUACAGUCUCUUUAAGGGGAUAGGUCGCAGUCCCUCAGGGAGGAGCCGACCCAGUCCUGGGAGACGCCCUAGGAGUCCCUCUAGGAGGUCUCUUAGUCCUCGAGAGAGAAGAGGACGAGAGAGAAGAAGCCACCGUCCCUCAAAAAGGUGCCAUCUCAGUCCCAUCCAGAGGACACGGUGCAGUCCUUCAGAAAGGAGCCAUGGUAGUCUCUCUGAGAGAACCCCUUUCAGGGGUCCCUCUGGCAGGAAAAGGCGUAAUUCUUCUGGGAGAGUCCACCACCUUCCCUCAGAGUCCAGGCUAUACAGGUCUUCUUCCAGACUCCACCGCAGUCAUUCUGAGAGAACUCACUACAGUCCCUCUAAGAACAGACACAGUUAUUCUGAGAGGAGCCGGCAAGGUCACAACGAGGGACCCCAUCACAGUACCAAGGAGAGGCUCAGGGGUAAGGAGAAGCCCAGACAUAGCUUGUCUAUAAAGACUUCAAGACUUAUAAACUCCCAGGGACUUAUGCCUCCUAGGGACCACACCAAAAAAUCAAAAAGCUGGACAAGUUUGGAGACAUGAAGUUAGUAGAUAAGGAGAGACCUGCCUCUAUUAAUUAUAGCCUGCGAAUCUUCACCUAGCUGCCCUUUCUGCUCAGCCACUGCCUGCACCCUCAGCAAUGAAAGAGCUCUCUGGAGGGGAGUGAGAAUGGGUCUGUAAUUUAAGAUCAAUAAAGGGGCAAUAAUCGAA